AUGUCAAUUGUGUCACUUACUGGAAUCGAGGUGCUCAACAACCCCGCCAAAUUCAGCGAUCCAUACGAAUUUCAAAUCACAUUUGAAUGUCUCGAACCGUUGAAGGAGGAUCUCGAGUGGAAACUAACCUAUGUCGGGUCAUCAGAUUCGCUAGAUCACGAUCAGGAGCUUGAUUCGAUUUUAGUUGGGCCAGUGCCAGUGGGUGUCAAUUCCUUCUUGUUCACUGCUGAUGCACCAAGCCCUGAAUUGAUUCCUGCUAGUGAAUUGGUAAGUGUGACUGUUAUUAUUCUUAGUUGCUCGUAUAAUGAUCGAGAGUUUGUCCGAGUGGGGUAUUAUGUGAAUAACGAGUAUGAUACUGAGGAGUUGAGGGAGAAUCCACCAGCUAAGGUACAAGUUGACCAUGUUGUGAGAAAUAUUUUGGCUGAGAAACCAAGGGUUACGAGGUUCAAUAUAGUUUGGGAUAAUGAAGGUGCCGCCGAUGAGUACCCUCCUGAGCAACAAGAAGGAGAGGAUGAGGAUGAGGAAGAAGAUGAAGAUGAGGAAGAAGAUGAAGAAGAAGACGAAGACGAAGAGGAGGACGGCGGAGCUGAUGAGGAGGAUUUGGAAGAGGAAGAGGCGAAUGGCGAUGGUGAGGUCGAUUUGGAAGCUGAGGAUUUAGAAGAGGAAGUGUCCACGUUGAAUGAUAAGGAACAGAAUGCCACGCCACCUGCAACGGCUGCGUCAGAAGUAGCUAUUGAGGUAGAUACGCCGACUGAUAGUUAA